AUGCCUUCCCUCAGUCAAAGCUUGGCCCUGGGGUACGUCAUCAUACUCCAGGUGCUCUACCUCUCCUUCGGCACCAGAGGAGGUAUCAUCAUCGACCUCAUUCUGGCCGCUUUUAUAGCAGUCCCCGUCACCGCUGGAAUCCGGCUCAUUGCCUCCGCCAUCAGCCCUCGCACCAGCAAGACCGUCCUCCCUGGUCGUUCUGUCGAAUACUACAUGACCUUCAAGCAUCCGGCAAAUGUCAAGUACCGCGGCAAGAGAAGGAUCCCGAUGGCUACCUUCUGCCAGAUGCACCUCGAUGGAGACGUUAAGAUGAACGGAGACACCCUGACUAUCCUCGAGAAGAGACAUGACUGGGCUUCUUUCCGCCUGACCUUCGGUCUCAUCUACUUCGUCCUCUUCAAGCUCAUCCCAAAGGUUAUUGAGAAUCUCUGCUUUCAUAGUAUAUCUCACUCUCACACUACCCUCGUCAAAUUGCAGCUCCGCGGCUUCCUGGGACCCCGGAUGAUGUACACUUCAGGUCUCGUCCGCGACAUCAACAAGCAAGAGUUCCUCGAGGAACUCGAGGACAAUAAGCUCGGCGUCAUCUGCGAGAAGAUCCACCUCAAUCCGUACGGCAGAGCCCUCAGCGUCGGCUACGGGUGGAACGCGUUCGCCAACUACGCCCGUCGUAUCUUCCCGCACGUCCCAUUCACUGGUCUCAACUACGUCGCCGAGUACACCAACAUCGCUCCCGUCAAAGGCGGCUACAAGAAAAUCGUCUGCACGCAUCUAGCCGAGCACAAAGGCCCCGACAACUUCAUGGCUCUGCACAACGGCCCCGGCGAGCACUCAGACUUUUUCAAGCACAUUCACGGCCUGCUCGCCGACGGCGGCAUCUUCUUCCUCGAGGUCGCGGGCGGUAAUGAGUACGUCUGCCCCGACGCCGUCCCUUAUGCCUCGCUCGCAUCCUUGAUCAACCAGCUCGAGGCCGCCGGCUUCAGAGCUAAUAGUGUGGAAAACGUUGGUCGCCACUACUCUGAGACGGUUCGGAAGUGGUACGGUAACUUUGUGCGAAAUCGAGAGGCUCUGAUGGCCAUGUAUGGCCCCAAGAAUUACCGGACAUUCGAGUUCUUCCUGGCUUACCUGGUCAUCAUCUUCGGUCAAGGCAGCGCCAACACUUACCAGAUUGUCGUCACCAAGAAUCCCAGUCCUGUCGACCGAACCAAGUCUGAGCCUGUAGUUGAGGAGUCUUCUUGGGAUCUCUGCGAGACACCUGAAAUCACCAUGGUCAAUGUCAUGAAAGUAGCAAGAGGUAGUGCCCUGGUAUACUCCCAUGAGAGUUCGGACACAGUCACGUUAGACUUAUUCCCUCGCUUCGCCAAGAAACGCAAGAUACGUUCAAGUAAGUGGAAGGGAUCGAUCAAAUUUCGCACUAGCAAGGGGGAAGGGGGAGGCGGAGGCGGUUCAAGAUCUGGUUUCACAAACUUUUCAAAACGCACAGCACCAAACGGACCUUAUAGUGUCAAAAUCAACCCUUCCAUCAAACUGUUCCGCCUCACAUGGUCGCUGUUCUCUCUGGGAGAGGAACAAAGACGCAUGGCCAAAGCUGCGAAUAAAACCAAGGGCAACCCCUUUUCGCCAGCCUCCGCCUCGACUUCCCAUCUUUCUUCACUUCCGACGAUGCAGACCCUCUCGGUUCUGCUCCUCGUCGUUGCGGCCAGCAUACCGACGGCGGAAACCUUUGGGUUCUGGCGUCCUCAUCUACUAGAACUGUCAACACAGCUAGGAGUCAACGACAGCAUUCCCGCGUUACCAAGGGCAAACCGAUGGCCACGGCCGCAGCUGACGCCGGUAUUCAUAGAUUCAAAUACCAUCGCAAAGAGAUCUGAGCAGAGGGCCCCUACCACGGCAACAAAAUCACCACUCGAGGAUCCCGGUAUUUACGACACCCGCUGCACCAUUCAGAAUGACUAUUUAGCCUGUGGAGCGGCCCUAGCAACCGCUUGUUUGCCUCACGGUCACUCCAUGUGCAGUCCAUUUCCAUCUCAGACUCGCGGAAGGGAUACAAUGUGCUGGUACGUCCCCGCUACGUCAACGAACAGCUUCAACGGGGAGUGCCAGGAGUUCCGCCGGAAAGAGGGCACCCAAGACAAAACACUCUGGGGAUGUCGCGAGAAAGGCUUGCCAUGGGAUCCCCUCGUCUACCUGUAUACCGCAUCGACCAAUUUGCUUCCUCCAGCUCCUGCUACCACCACGUCUUCUCCUUCUUCUUCAGCAGAUACGCGAGCCACGUCUGUGCCAGGCUCCUCCUCGACAGUCUCAGACGACCCGCCAACACCCUCCGUGCCAUCAAGCCCGACACUUUCGACAGCCUCCUCGACAAGCGCACCGACGCCGGAACCUUCCAACGGCGGUGGCGGCGGCGCUGCUCCAUCCAGCGGUAAUCAGACGGGUGCCAUUGUCGGCGGUGUCCUCAGCAGCGUGACCAUCCUCGCCAUCGCCGGCUGCGUCGCCACAUGGCUCGUCGUGAGAAGAAGAAGAGCUUCGUCGGUCCGGGGGGAGUCGAGAGGUGGUGGUCACGUCUCGCCGUCUCCCAGCCACGAGCUCGCCGGCGACCAGCCGUGUGUGUCUCCGAUAAACCAGAAAGAGGGAGAGCAGUGGAGCUAUCAGCCCAUGUCACCCACGUCGCCCGCGUCCUCGUCUGCUCAGCAUCGGGACGUUUUUCAGGCGCCGGCGAACGAUUCGAUAGGAAGCGCGAUGAAGCCGGCUGAGUUGGGCUGA